CUCAAAUCAUUAUCUAGAAGACUGAUGCAUUCUGAACCACAAGUACAUCACCAGCCUAAUGCUCCAAUUUGCUUACAUACACUCUUACAUCACCGUAAAACAAUAAUAUUAUCAUUAUAUAUCAUCGUUAAUUAUUAUUCCAAUGUACAAUAUCUGAAACUUGGAGAGUGGCAAUUAAUGGAGAAUUUGGAGAGCAAGCAGGUUCAUUUUGUUCUGUUUCCUUUCAUGGCGCAAGGCCAUAUGAUUCCGAUGAUGGACAUCGCGAAACUACUGGCCAAGCGCGGUGUAGUUAUUACCGUUAUAACUACGCCUGUAAACGCUGCUCGAUUCAAAUCCAGUCUAGCACGGGCUCAGGAAUCUGGACUCGCUAUCCGAAUAGUUGAGCUUCAGUUUCCAUGUGAAGAAUCAGGAUUGCCAAAAGGGUGUGAAAAUGUCGACUUGUUACCUUCUUCGGGCACGAAAUCCAUUUAUUUCUUCACUGCAACAGGUAGGAUGCAAGAGCAAGUGGAAGUUUUAUUUGAGGAGCUAACGCCGCGGCCAAGUUGCAUAAUUUCAGAUAUGUGUUUGCCAUAUACAUUACAAAUUGCUUCUAAGUUUAACAUUCCAAGGAUUAGUUUCCAUGGCACAGCUUCUUUUUUUCUUCUGUGCCUUCACUGCGUUCGCAUUAAUCGUGAUAUCAUCGGAAGCAUCACUUCCGAUUCCGAUCGCUUUACGUUGCCUGGAUUUCCUGAUCAAAUCGAAUUCACUAAACAUCAGUUACCUCUAUCGGAUAAAAGAUCGAAAGAAUUUUUCGAUCAAGUAAUAGCAGCGGAUUUAGCCUCUUACGGCGUGAUUAUCAAUAGUUUCGAGGAGCUAGAACCCGAAUACUACAAAGAAUAUAAGAACACUCGCGGAGGAAAAGCAUGGUCUGUCGGUCCUGUUUCGCUCUGCAAUAAGGAGAUCUUGGAUAAAGCACAGAGAGGUAAUGACUCUUCGAUUUCGGAGCACAAAUGUCUCAGCUGGCUCGACGAGCAGGAACCGAAAUCUGUAGUGUAUGUUUGUUUGGGAUCACUCUGUAAUCUUCCGACAGAGCAGAUGAUAGAAUUAGGGUUAGGCCUGGAAGAGUCAAACAGGCCGUUUCUUUGGGUUAUAAGACAAAAUGACAAAUCAAAAGAACUCGAGAAUUGGAUUUCAGAAACCGGAUUCGACCAGCGAAUCAAGAAGAAUAAUAACAGAAAUGGAUUCCUGAUUCAUGGUUUCGCUCCACAAGUUCUGAUACUAUCUCAUCCAGCAAUCGGAGGAUUCUUGACACACUGCGGUUGGAACUCUACGCUCGAAGGCCUGGCGUCCGGCGUGCCGAUGAUCACGUGGCCGCUCUUCGGAGACCAGUUCUGCAAUGAAAAGGUGGUAGUAGAAGUGGCGAAAACUGGAGUGAGAGUUGGGGUGGAGUGUCCGGUGAUAUGGGGAGAAGAAGAUAAGUAUGGAGUGGUGGUAAAGAAAGAAGAAGUGAAGAAGGCAAUGGAGAAUCUGAUGGAUGAAGAAGAUGAUGAGGCACGAGCAAGAAGAGAAAGAGCCGAAGAAAUUGCAAGUAUGGCUAGAGCAGCGGUAGAAGAAGGAGGCUCUUCUUACCUCAACAUAGGAUUGCUAAUUGAAGAUAUUAUGCAACUACCACAUUCAUAUUGUAAAUAAUUCUUUUCAAUUUAAUUUUGAAUUAUAGUUAUUUUUUAUCA